CGGUGAGCAUCAUUUUCACCAAGGAACUCUCGGAAGAUGAUCAGCAAGAUUAAUUUUGUUUAUUUCGCCUCGUAUUAUUGUCUUUCCUUUUAACGGCAGUGCUGACUGCGUAAACAACAGCAUUUCAUUUCCCACUACUGGAGCAGUUUACCAAGGAUCUUCAAACUGUCAACAGUUUUUUCUUUAAUAUUUCCCACCCCCCCAAAGAUUUUACACGGUGGUCAAAAAAUAUUAGAUCCCCGAAUUUUAAGUCAACAUGCCCGAAACAACCCAGGAAACGUGUGCUUCAGCGAAAGACUCUCCAUUUUUCAUUAAAAAUCUUCUCAAUUCUGAUAGUAAGCCAUCAAAGCCGAAGCCUAUUUUGGCAUCAACUAAAGCAGGACUUGAUGGCAGCUUCUCACUCUCUCAUGUUGGGGAAUUAAACUUUCCUCGCUUCGAGUUGCCGACCCAGCGCUUUGCUUUACCGGCUUAUCUUGAGCGCGCCUCUGCAUGGUGGUACCCGUACACACUCAGUGCAUCUGCGCAUCUCCACAGAACAGAAGCAGCACAGAAAGCAAGGGACUCGUCUCCGAUCACAGGCACCGACCGAGAUUCACCUGAGCUCGUGCUCAAAUCCGAGCCGGACGCCAAAGACGAUGACGACGAUAACAAAAGUGGAGAUGAGAUUGUCCUCGAGGAGAGCGACACCGAAGAGCCUAAAAAAGAAGGCAGCGUGGACGACUGGAAGAAGAGUGACGACGACGCAGACAAGAAACCUUGCCGGAAAAAGAAAACGCGUACGGUGUUCUCGCGGAGUCAGGUGUUUCAGCUGGAGUCCACCUUCGACAUGAAACGCUACCUCAGCAGCUCGGAGCGCGCGGGCCUGGCUGCCUCGCUUCACCUCACAGAGACCCAAGUCAAAAUCUGGUUUCAGAACCGCAGGAACAAGUGGAAACGUCAACUGGCAGCUGAGCUGGAGGCGGCUAAUUUGAGUCACGCGGCUGCGCAAAGGAUUGUGAGAGUACCCAUCCUGUAUCACGAGAACUCGGCCUCUGAAAGCUCCAACACACCGGGCAACGUGUCCGUAAGCCAGCCGCUGCUCACUUUCCCUCAUCCGGUUUACUACUCUCAUCCCAUCGUCACCUCAGUGCCUCUCCUCAGACCGGUUUGAGAGAAGAGAGAGAGAUGUCUUUUUCUAUGUAACUAUGUAACUAAUACCGUUUCACAAAGACUUGAAAGCGAGAGAGAGAGAGAGAGAGAGAGAGAGAGAGAGAGAGAGAGAGAGAGAGAGAGAGAGAGAGAGAGAGAGAGAGAGAGAGAGGGAAAUUAAA